AUGGCCAGUGCGCAGUUUACUAUUGCUGGGGGCUUCAACUUCAGCGAGGCAGUUGGCAACGUCACGUCUGAGAUCGGAGCGGAAAUCGCCAAUGUUACCGAGACAGUCAUUGACGACAUUAAGGACUAUGCCGGGAACUUCACGGAGAGUGUGAUAAGUGGCAACUUUGACGGUGUUGAAUUCCCGCCAUUCGAUGUUGACUUCGAUGUCGAGUUGCCCAAACUCCCAGAGUGCAAUCUCAAAUUCCAAUUCGAUGGUCUAGAGCUGUACAUGGAAAUUGACACCAUAUUAUCGGGCAGCGCCACGUACACUCUCAAUCUGUAUACAUCUCAGACCCCACUAGGUUUUGCUGUGGGCAAGGAUUUGUUGGUUGGUGUUGUCUUCUCUAUAGACUUAAUUAUCAGUGUAGACGCCGAGACGAUAUCAGCAGCGGCUUCCACAUCAAGCUAUUGA